UGCGGAUGCGAAGGCGACGGAGGUUCGUGAAGAAAUAAAGGCACUAAGACACGUUUUUUUUCUGUUGUCAGAGGAGACAACAGAAGAGAGACCGAUCAGCCCAGCCUAGUCCCAAGAGAGCAUCAGAGGAGGAACAAGGUGACUACAAUGAGGCUGGGUCUUCUGAUGUGGAUGGUUUUCAGCUUAACGGAAGGCGGUGCAGCACAGCCCGAACAGUACAGUAGAGCGGUGGAUUGGUUGAGCAGGUAUGGCUACCUUCCUCCUCCCGAUCCACGGACAAGUAAACUGCAGACCAAGGAGGGGAUUGAGAAAGCGAUUCGCAUCAUGCAGAGAUUUGGAGGGGUCCCGGAAACUGGGCUGCUUGACGAUGAAACCCUCAAACUCAUGUCGACACCACGAUGCUCUCUCCCUGACAUUGUUGGGGGAGAGGACAUGCUGAAAAGGAGGAGGAGGAGGAAAAGAUAUGCCCUGUCAGGCCUUAAAUGGCACAAGUUAGAUCUCACAUGGAGUGUCCACAGCUACCCAUCCCCCUCCCUCUCACCUACCCUGUCUAAGGAUUUGGUGGACACCAUCCUCACUCACGCCUUCAAAGCCUGGAGUGACGUGGCCCCCUUGAAUUUCCACCGGCUAUCGACUGACGGGGGUUCUGCAGCUGGAGGGGACAUCAGAGUGUCUUUUUCCAGUUUGCUGCAUGACGACGGGUACCCUUUUGACGGGAAGGGUGGCACUCUGGCUCACGCUUUCUUCCCUGGCACGCAUGAUAUGGCGGGUGACACACACUUCGAUGAUCAUGAGAUCUGGAGCUACACUGGUGACAGCAGCAGCACAGACCUGUUCACAGUUGCAGUGCAUGAGUUUGGCCAUGCUCUGGGUCUGUCCCAUUCCUCCACUGAUCCAUCCAUCAUGAGGCCGUACUACGAGGGUCCUGUGGAAGACAUUGCCAAGUUCCAGCUGUCCCUGGACGACAGGCUGGCUAUUCAGCAGCUUUACGGUGUGAAGAACAGCGGGCGACCAGGUGGGGUUAAUCCCGACCUCCCAAGCCUUCCCUCGCCACCUCCUCCUAAACCAACACAGCGUUCUGACCCCUCGUUCCCCGAGCGCUGUCAGGGAGGCUUUGAUGCAGUCGCAAAUAUCAGAGGCGAGGUCUUUUUUUUCAGAGGCGCACACUUCUGGAGAACUAAGCAAGACGGGUCUUUACUGUCCCUCAGUCCAGCUCAGAUUAAAAACUUCUGGAUCGGGCUUCCACCUGGCACAAACAAGAUUGACGCUGUGUAUGAGAGGAAAAGUGACAGCAGGAUCAUCUUCUUUAUUGGAUCUCAGUACUGGGUCUUCAAGGACACUGAAGUCAUGAAAGGUUACCCUCGGCCCCUCUCUGAAUGGGGCAUGAGGACAAAGAGGGGGAAGCUGGUGGACAGGGUGGAUGCAGCCUUUAUCUGGGCUCAUAACGGCAAGACCUACGUGUUCAGCGAAGGGGAGUUUUGGAGGUUUGACGAGAGCCGUAAAGGUGAAGAGGUGACCAGGAAGCUGGAGCCGGGCUACCCACGAGACAACGGGCUCUGGGAAGGAGUGCCCACCCGCAUGGAUGACGUCAUCACCUGGGGAGACGGAGAUGCCUACUUCUUCAAGGACAACCUCUUCUGGAUAUUAAAGAGCGGAGGACUGAACCAAGACGUUGUCACUCCUAAAUCCAUUGCUGUACACUGGCUCAGAUGUCCCGCUCCACCUUCAGCCCAUCCUCCAACCAAUCCCCGAAACCCAAAGGAGUGCAGCUGUGACAUAACGGGAUCAUCUUCAGUUCUAAGAAGCAGUUGGAUCCUCCUGAUCUCUGCUUUAUUGGUAAUGAAUGAGUUUAUUAGAAAAUAGAAACCUGAGUUUGGUAUUUGCCUGAUACGUGUUGAGCGAGGCUACAGGCUGUUGUUUGUACCAAUCCUCAUUCCACUGGAGGCUAACAGGGGCUCUUUACUUCAUCAGAUACUCACAGCACAUUACAACCCAACAAAGCUGGUUUCAAAUUACAUACUAAAGUCAUAAAAAGCCACUGUUAGAUACCUGCCUUUUAAGGCCUAUGUUACCUUGAAUACUUGCCUUAUCAGAACAUACUUGAUUUGUGAAAAUAGUCAAUUUUGCACCCUCCCUCCAUACUGCUAUAGAAUGUCACCUCCUUCUUUUUCUAGAUUAAGUAUUGGAUUACAUGGAGCCUGUAUAGGAGAAUGUAUGGAAAUUCAACACCAAAAUGCAGCAUGCGGGCUACUCCCUCAUAAUGAGGUCUUGUUCAACCACCUUAUGUUUGGUCAGUAAACUGGCGACACAAACAUACUUAUGCGAACUAGUCAAUGUCUUUUCAGAGUAGAUUUGUGCGUGUGUGUGUGCAUAUAUAAGGCCCAUAAAAAAAAUACUCUUUGGUAAAUUAAACUUGAAGACAGUGUACUGUGAAAGAGCUGAGGUGGACCUGUGGUUUGUUUUGUUGUUGUUUUUUUUUUUUGGUUUGGUACAGAUGUUUUACAUGUAAAUAGUUUUCAGUGGAAACAAGGAUAAUUGCAAAUAUGGUGCAAGACAACAAUCAAGAAAGAAAGAAAAACACCUUUUUGUUAAUAAUUAAGAAGAAUUUAAAUCAUUACAGUUUUUUUUCCAUUUUUCUUUUUUACGCUCUUGUUAAUUACUAUCAUACAACAAAACUUUUUUUUUAAACUUGAUACAUAUGUGUACACAUGUAAUGCAGUAAAUCAUUUUAAUGCUUAAGAUUUGCAGGCUUGAGGGAAUGUUUUUAUUUAUACUGUAGCUGCAGGUCUGGAUGCAAAAAGUCAGCAAAUGAAGCACAAUUUUCAAGUGUCGGUUAGAAAAUAUAAUCAUUAAAACAUCAGAGUUCUUAAUAUUAGUUUGCUUUUUGUGUUGUAUCUUCAUCCCUGACUACAACUGGCUAAGUUAUCUCAAAAAAAUUGUCUUGAUCUCACCACCUUCAGGCUGAAACUGUGUUCUUGCCAUACACUUAUCUGGUGGUGUACAUCAUGACCCAUAUAUGAUAAAUAUCCUUUAUGUGUCAGCCUGAGAGCACAGAUUUAUAUCUUUUUUAGGAACACCCCUUCCUCAGGGCCAUGACAUACUUACAGGCUGUUACAGCAUAUCAGUACUAUAAGUGGAAAAACACAAUGUUGUUAAGCCUGAUUGACAAGUGUCUGCUGUUCUUCAGUCUUUUUUCCCCAAUUAAAAUAUGUUUCUUGUUUUAAUUAGUUACUUUGAUUCUGACCUUAUGCU